UAAUCGAGAUAAUGCGGGCUUGACAAGACAGUGUUCCCCUCCUACCGUUUGCUACAUAUUUUUUACCUGUUGACACCGUUUUGGUAAUCAUUAUGGACUACAAAAACGUUUGAAGGAACGCGCUGGCCUUUGAUGUUACACCGCUGGGCUUUGCAUAUCCAAUUAUAUGCUGGCGGUAUCUUCCACAAAAGUAGCGAGGACAUUGUGCGAAGAAUUAGUGGAGAUUGACGCCCAUUGGCGAGUUUUUAGUGCAAGGUGUUGUGAAAGAAAAGGUGUUUGGGUGUGCGUUUGAGUCUUGCCGAGAGGUGUUUGAAAGGGAGUGGAAAGGAAGGACCACCCCUUAUUCUGGUUCAGGACUUGGGCCAGUUGACACAUUAGAACUUGGACCAGACCAGAAGUGGUUUGACUGGAUGAGGUCAAAGAAUAUAUACCAGCCUAACUUGAGACUAGAUCAGCACUGUAUAUCUUUCAUCUGAGCAAUCAACGUCUUCAAGAACGCCCAAAAACAACACUCAAGGUAUACGCCUAGGAAGAUAUAGACAUAAUCAUUACGGGAAGUCUGCGGAAAUAGGGGAAACAAAGAAAACAAAGAAGAACUUAAGCCGACAUUGUAUUCAAGUAGGAUCUGCAGUCUUUACAAGUGAGAUAAAGGCUCUAUACAGUCAAUCGAAAUCAAAUUAAGGAAACAAAGCAAGCUUCCAACAUUGUCAAAGAGAUCCAUCAUUCACAAUCAGACUGGGAACAGUGUUAAUCUCUUCAACGUGUUGAGAAGCCAUCGAAGAGGUGUCAGUAAUCGAACCAUUUGACACAUAUCAGGAGAAGAAAAAACCGAAGCGAGGUGGAGCGAAGACUUAAGUUAUAGCCAUUUUAAACGUCAAUCAUUUAGCAGACGAUCCUGCGUCGAUUUUGGGGAAAGCGCGCGGGAGGAAUGAAGAGAAAAUUUGAGGCGCCACAGAUCGCGAUGGACUCCGCUGUGUGUUGCACGCCGCGAACAAUGGACGCAGACAACAGGUGGAAUGCCAGUGUCCCAUCCCCGGAGAGGCAUCGAGAAGCCGGGAUGGUGGUUCGUGAGUCCAAUGCAUUCGGUGCAGUCGCUCCGGCUACAAGAGGUCUAGCAGGGAUGACUGGAAGUGUGGGAAAAUGCAAUGAUAUGAUGAUGAAUUCGGGAUCUUGGGUGAACGUUUCGGGAAUGACCGACGCCAGAGUUAAAGACAAGGAGCAAGUUUUCACAAGUUUAAUUAAAACGCAAGUCCUCGACAGCAGCGUUGAAAAGAAAGACAAAACCGAGAGAAGCAUCCAUAUUUGGAGGCCUGCACUUGACGGAGAUGAAAAGGAGACAUCGAAAGAAGAUGUGGACGUAGGGGUCUCGAGAGCGGCUAGAAUUUGGAGACCGAAUGAUCCUCAACCAGAAGCGCACUCGACGACAGCGACGACGAUGAGGGUGGGUGAUCAAGAAAGAAACGAAUCAUCGAGAUACGUUGACGACUUUGACAGUGAUGGCGAUGAUGAGAAUCCAGAUGAACACGGAUCCAAUGCCGGAGACCGACCGACCAAGCGAAAGCAACGACGGUAUCGUACGACUUUCACCAGUUAUCAGCUUGAAGAAUUAGAACGAGCCUUCUGCAAGACGCAUUAUCCUGAUGUGUUUACAAGAGAGGAGUUGGCUAUGAGAGUGGACUUGACUGAAGCUAGAGUACAGGUCUGGUUCCAAAAUCGCCGAGCGAAAUGGCGAAAGCGAGAGAAGCUCGGCUUGCAACCCCGUCUUCAUCCUCAUCCACACUUUGGUCCAAUCCUCGGUGGUCCGAUCUCAGAUUCGAACCUUGUAUCUUCUCAUCUAUGCCGUCUGGCUUGCAUCGACCGCGCCCAUCGACAAGGGUUGCUGACGUCACCACCACCACCACCACCGCAACAACAAUCAACAACCUCGUGUCUGCCGGCAACGCCAGCCACUGUCUUAUCGGGUUCCCUCCCGAGGUCUGCUUAUCAGUUUCCCGCUCAUGGACUGCUACCGCUGCAUCAUGCAUCGCACGCUGCUGCCACCAUGUUGUAUCCGACGCCAUUUUGUGAUUUUUGGUCCAAGCAAGCCAGUCUCGCUUCCUCGAGAAACUCUCAGUCGAAUCUCGGCCCAGCCCUGCUCACGCCGUGUUUCCCAGUCCCACGGAAGUACCAGGAGCACAACCCGCCAUCGAUAGUGGGUCCAGGACUCAACGCCAGAGGUAGUCUAGGACUGGACCCGUUAGGAUCUAGUCCUAAGAAGGGAAGUCUGGCGAAGGAGCUGCGAGGGCUGAAGCAAGAUGUGUGGUUACGAAGCGAACGACGGGCCUUGAGCAUCGCCGCACUUCGACUGAAAGCUCGUCAACAUGCUACCGGCGUGGAACCAGUCGAGAAUAAGGGUAUCCUCAUGAACCCUUAUCAAAGCGGGAUGAUCCUCUUCAACCCUGAGUGAAGAGUCCACCUCAAGAACAAAUCUCUCUCGAAACGAUAUUGGUUGGCCUAUAAUAUCACAAGAGCAAAGACUUAAAAUUAGACAAAGACUCGGUGAGCAAAAUACCGUGUCGACAGAGAGAUCAAUAUUCAACUAUUUUGUCAUGUAUAUGCCUAUGUCGCUAUCUAGAAACUUGUCAAUCAUACUCUCAUCAGGGAUGAACUAUCAAUGCCAAAAUAAAUGUAUUUGUUGACGACUGCCUCUGUUCAAUGUCUCCUUGGAUACAAACAUCUUUGUUUUCCUUUUUCGUUUCUUUCCUUCUUUUAAAUGCUUUAAGUAAGGUAAUGAAAAUCCACACACCAUGUUCAGGCCUACCAGUACCGUAUCACGGGUCCAGUCAUUGACGAGACACUGGGAACAUUGGACGCACCAGCCCAUAUGGGUGAAUGAAAUGCGACUGAUGCGGGAGGGGUUAUUUCAUCAUCUUGUCACGUUCCUUGGCCCCUCCCCCUUUCUCUUUAUUCGAUAUUCUAGAGUACGGGGAAUAAUCAAUACUCUCCACUUUUAGAAUACUUUUCAAAUUAUAUAUUUAUCGUCCAUCGAAUUUCUUGUAAAUGUGUAAAUAUUUAUGAAUGAAUAAACGAGACCUU